GGAAGCCGGAUCCGGCAACAAGGCCUGUAUUCACAUUCAGUCUUCUCCGCCGAAUGAUUUCGCCCCAAAAUUCAUGAUUCCUGCAACUCAGAGCUCUUACCCAUCAGAUUCGGAUUGCGCUACAUUUCGCUCCAUUUCACGAUUAAGCCACAGUGACGAUAAAAGUCACAUUUCAUCCAAACUUGAACACUGUUCUGCAGCUUUCAUUCGACAGAGAGAACCGAGCAAUAAUGGCAUCCGAGCGCAUUCCAGAAGACACUUUUCAUUCAUUUAUCCACUCUCUCAUUUACUGAUAUUCGUGACUUUAUUGUCCUCAUACAUUUUCGUUGGCAAUGGGUCGCCCGCAGCAAAAUACCUGGCCACUGUAGACAAACUGUUGCCACAAACGCAGCCAAAUCUAACUGUAAACGAUUUCAUCCCCCAGUACAUGUCUGAAGAGUACAAGAAUGGACUAAGUUAUUCCUACGAACCGCAUCAGUUGGACUUUAACAAGCGGAUUUAUCGAUCAGAUGGCAGAAGAAAGCGACGACAUAAUAGGAUAUAUCAGGAUUCAUAUAGACAGAGCAGUCCAACACCGGGACAUUGGUCAGUCAGUGCAAAGUGGUUUCGACGUCUACUGGACAACUCAAUGUUGAGACAAAGAGACUUAUUUUCAAGUAAAAAAGGGUCAAUCAAACCACCCGGAAUACUAUUGAGCGAGAAAAAACGGGAGGAAAUAUUGCGUUUUUCAGAACAAACAGUUCAUCACUUCAGAUUGAGGAUAGAUCCCCGUCAUGUGAGUGAUAGUUCCAUGGUCAAGAUGAAACGUCAACUUUCUCUAACCACUGAAAGUUUCGUCGCUUUCUUCGUUUACCAGUGGGAAAUUUACCGAUUGCGACUUUUGGCCGAGUUGAGGCAAAAACACGUCAACUUAAUACAGGAGAGAAAAUACCGUCAAAAACAAAUGAGUGAAAAAAUCCGUGAAGAGGCUGAGGCAAACGCUAGGAGGAUUAGCAAAGCAAAGACAUUUGAUGAGUUCAAACAGGUCAUCUUUGGUUCUAACUCAGCUGACGUCAAAACAACUGCCAAAGGAAAAUUUCAGAUGCCUAUCAAAGCAGUUAUUGGCCCUCGAAUUGAGCAUCCCGUUCCAGAACAACCCGAAAUCAUCUCUGCAACAUCUAGUAAACUGCAGUUUCCGAAGGCCAGCGGAGGUGGAGUGAUGGUAAAAAUUUCUCGCUCUACGAGAGACAUCAAGCCUGAGGAUUACGAAACUGAAACUGCCACCGUAGAAAAUACGGGCUUUGAAUACGAAGAACAGGAUCCUGUGGACGAAAUACCCCAAGAACAACCCGAAAUCAUCUCUGCAACAUCUAGUAAACUGCAGUUUCCGAAGGCCAGCGGAGGUGGAGUGAUGGUAAAAAUUUCUCGCUCUACGAGAGACAUCAAGCCUGAGGAUUACGAAACUGAAACUGCCACCGUAGAAAAUACGGGCUUUGAAUACGAAGAACAGGAUCCUGUGGACGAAAUACCCCAAGCCUCUGAAGAAGAACUGAAAGCUGCAUUUGAAAGCCGCACAAAUUUCAACCAAACGGGUUGCAUACCUGAACGUCGAACGUUGUGCACCUCAAGUCUACUAGGUCUGAGACCAGAGCAGUCACCAAACAUUGUUCCCCCUGGUUUCCACGUUCAGCGGUGUGGAGAUUCGGUAGAGCAUACUACCUGUCCAACGCUUCUGAGCCACGAUGAAGAAUAUCCCACAAAUCUAUUCUCCCAGUAUCAAGACAAAAUAGAUGUGUGUGAGAAUUUAUGGGAUCGAAGGCAUCCGUCGUGUUAUUGCUUAAGCCCAGAUCAAGAGUGCCUGCCAACAAAAGUGACGACAAAAAUGCAGCCUGUUGGAUACCCCACACGUCAGGGCUACUGGUCCACAGACCUCAUUGUUGUGACGGAACAUCUAGCUUGUUCAUGUCAGCCCCGAUGUCAUAAUCGCAUAUGUGUUGCGCCACUCAAAUUGCGGAUGAGCACGACAUCCCACUGCUCAUGUGUGUGCGAACCAAACGAUACGCGCUGUCAAAAGUUGUUAGAAGGCGAGGAACAGUUUCAACCUGAUGAGCUUCCAGUUCCAUUGUCGGGUUCCUUCAUUCUCCCCCCUUGUCGAUUUGGCUCAAUGGAUGAGUAUCAUUUGUUCUACCGAAGAUGUCCUCGAAGAUUAUCCACUCUACUUGAAGGGGAACGCCUAGGUUAAUCUGUAGUCUACACUAUGCACCAAAGAACACUGAGGAAAAUCGACGCUCCGUUGAUGAAAACACUUUCAUACUCUUAUUAUUCAAACUGUGUUGCGAUUUCCACCUGAUAUUUUUGUACAUUUUUUCAAUUUUGUUUUUCUUUUUUUCCAAUCGCAUUUAUUGCUUUCGAUUGGAGACAGUUGACUUGUUCCCAGAGGAUGAUGUCUUUAUCUUUUUGAUGGGAGGCCGUUACCCCUUCU